AUGCAUUUCCUCUACUCACUUCUCGCCACUGCUGGCCUGGCUGCUGCCCACGGAUACGUUGAGACAGGCACUAUUAAUGGCCAGACAUACCAAUUCUACAACCCUAACACUGAUCCUUACAUGAACCCAGUUCCCAAGCGUAUCUCCCGUCCGAUCCCAGGCAACGGCCCUGUUGAGGAUGUCACCUCCAUCGACAUGCAGUGCAACGGCUACACUGCUGGAGGUAUCAAGGGAAGCUCACCUGCUGCUCUCCAUGCCGAUGCUAAGGCUGGCUCGACUGUCAACCUGAAGUGGACCCUCUGGCCUGAGUCUCAUGUUGGACCCGUCAUUACUUACAUGGCUCGUUGCCCCGAUUCAGGCUGUGAUACUUGGGAGCCUGGUACCCAGAAGGUCUGGUUCAAGAUUCAGGAGGCUGGACGUGACGGAACCAGCAACAACUGGGCUACCACCCCUUUGAUGAAGUCUGGUAACUCGGGUGUCAACUACACCAUUCCUGAGUGCAUCAAGCCUGGUUAUUACCUUGUCCGCCAUGAGCUUAUUGCGCUUCACUCCGCCUCAGGAUAUCCCGGAGCCCAGUUCUACCCUGGCUGCCAUCAGCUCAAGGUCUCCGGCUCCGGUAGCACAACUCCUUCAAACCUUGUUGCUUUCCCCGGAGCGUAUGCCAGCACUGACCCCGGUGUUACCUACAGCCCUUACCAGGCCACCACCUACAAGAUCCCCGGCCCUGCUGUGUUCAAGUGUUAA